AUGACUAUCCGAGUCCUGAGUGGAUAUCCUACCAUCUCCUGCGAGGCUGCAUGUGUGCUGGCGGGGUUCCCGCCCUGGGACCUAGAGGCAGAAGCUCGCGCGUCGAUCUACAAAUGGCGCGCGGAGCGACGUUCCCGGGGCGAGUGCCCCACCGAGAGGGAAAUGAGUUUACGGAAGUCCUGCGCUCGGCGGAUCCUCCUGGAGAAGUGGGAUGCGAGGCUAGCCGACCCAGGGGCCGGCCUGAGGACCGUCGAGGCGGUUCGCCCAGUGCUAAAACACUGGGUGAACGGGCGGCGCAAAGGUCCAAUGACCUUUCGGCUGACACAGAUACUGACCGGUCACGGUUGUUUCAGUCAGUACCUGUGUCAGAUUGCGAGAAGAGAGCCGACAACUGAGUGCCAUGAGUAUGGUUGCGACCGGGACACAGCGCAACAUGUUCUAGAAGAAUGCCCAGCGUUCAGUGCGGAGCGCUGCGUCCUGGUUGCGGAAGUGGGGGAUGACCUCUCGCUGCCGAAUAUAGUUCGGAGGAUGGUUAGUAACGAGAGGUCGUGGAACGCAAUGCUCACCUUCUGUGAAGCGGGAGCGGGAGAGUACCCCCACCGCUCCCGUCAUGCGCCGCCGCCGAGCCAGACGAAGGAGACGGGCUUAGUGGAUCCAAUUCUUAGUAGUGCAAUUGAAAAUGUGAUACCUAAUAUAAACAUUACAGAAAUAAUAAAUAAAUAUUCUCCUCUUCAAAGUCACUUAUCAGAAGAUGGGAAAUUCAACUUUUCUGAGCUCGCUGUAAAAUAUGGACAAAAAUGUGAAGAGUAUUCCGUGACAACCGAGGACAAAUAUAUACUCACAAUAUUCCACAUUCCCGGAAAAGGUAGACCUGUACUUUUAAUGCACGGUUUAAUAGACUCGUCAGAUACUUUCAUCAUAAGAGGAAAUAUAUCUCUCGCCAUCACUUUAGCUGAUGCAGGAUACGACGUAUGGGCUGCGAAUUUUAGAGGUAAUAGGUAUUCGUUAGGCCAUGAGACAUUGGAUUGUGAGAAAGACAAAGAGUACUGGGAUUUCAGUUUGUACGAAUUUGGAUAUUAUGAUUCUAGUGUCUGCAUAGACUUCGUGUUACAACAGACUGAUAAAAAAAAAUUGACAGUCAUCGGACAUUCUCAAGGAACUACGAAUUUUUUUGUACUCGGAUCAAGGAGACCUGAAUAUAACGACAAAAUCAAUGUUUUUAUUGCCUUAGCUCCCAUAGCGUAUUUAAGUCAUAUAAGGGGAUUUAAAGGAGUUACUGUUAAAUUGGCAACACCAAUAUAUUCUGCGCUGACAUCGCUAGGAGUUGUAGAUGUGUUUAAAGAAAAUUCUGCACUAAAAGAUUUUAUAGAAGUUGCGUGCACCCAAGAUGUUGGAAGUUAUGAACUUUGUUUUGAUGGCACUAUUAUCCCAGGAGCCGGUUUCGAUAGUGAAGAAACGGAGCCGCAAUUCUCACACGUUGUGUUUGGUCAUUAUCCAGCUAGAAGUUCUAUAAAAAGUAUAUAUCACUUAAGCCAAAUUGCGAACAGAAAUAAAUUUGCUAAUUACGAUUACGGUACAAUUAAAAAUCUCGAAGUUUAUGGCGCUACGGAUCCUCCGGAAUUUGAUCUGGGGAAAGUUAAAGCGAAGACCGCUUUGUUUGUUGGUGAAAAUGACGUCUUUGGCACUGUAGAAGACGUCGACACUCUGAAGUCUCAAUUACCAAAUGUAGUAAAAUAUCAAAUAUUACCCCGAAAGGAGUUUAGUCAUAUGGAUUUUGUUUGGGGAAAACAUAUGCCAGAAACUUUAUAUCCUUAUGUAUUUGAAGUCUUAGAUAAAUAUUCGUAGAACAAGUACAAUACACUAGCAAUAUAAGGUAUAUUGCUACCAGGUCGACCUCCAUGUGAUCCCCCCUUGAAACCAUCGUGUUGAAUUCCAGGUGUAUUCAUCACGAUAGACUAACUGACCUUUCUUUUCAUUCUUACUUAUGGUGUAUCGCCAUCGUUCAUUGUUAGCAAUACAGGGUGUAUCAGGCGACUUUCUCGCGGUUCCCCCUGAAAACUAUCAUGUUCUAUUCAAAGUGAAUCUAUCACGAUAAGCUAAUGGGGUUACUACUCCAUUGUCAUCCAUUAAAAAAACAUGUGUUGUCAUAGCAUGCAUUAACGUUAAAUGAAUAACUUGAAUUAAAAAAAAAAAACAACUAACCAAAAAAAUAUUUAUUUUCUAUAAUUAAUAUGUAACUAGAUACAUAGCUUGAACAAUUUCAUAUAAAAUUAAAUACAUUUCCAUCUGAUUAACUUGCUGUUUUUAUAUCAAAUGAAAAGCAUAUUGAUUUAUAUAAGGUGAUAAUUUUGGACGAAGGUGUGAUCCUAAUAAAUUCUGCCCGAAAAUAAGAUUCAACAAAACACACUACUUAUAGUAUCUACCAUUACAUCUCUGGAGUAAAACUCCGGGGGUUUCUUAUUACAAAGGCCAAAUUUCGCUUUAAGUACGACGUCUAACAAUUACACAUUAUAUGAAUAGGUAAAAUGGACCCAGAUGUGGUCUAAAGUUAAUGUUUAUCUAUAAUCUAAGCUCGAAAACUACAUAUUCAAGAACUAUUGUGCAAGUAAUACACACCUACAAACACAGGUAUUUAUUGUAGAUACUAUAAUGACAAUGGAGUCGAUUCUAAGGUGUCAUUUUUAUAAACCUAUCCCUAAAAUUUCAAUUUAAUAAUACAGGAAAAUCAGUGACGACCAAUACGAAAUAAUUUUCUAAUAAAUUUAAAUCAAAAUUAUUAUAAAUUUAUGGCGGCCCAUAAACAGUAAAUUCCCAAAAUUAUCAAAUUAAAAUAUUAGGUCAAGAGAAAAAAAAAAUAGUACAUCAAAAUCGGCCUCAUUAUUGGACAGUUUAGUGUAAGAUAUUUUCUUUAUUGUGUACUGAACUAUGUUAUUUAAUUUGAGAUUUCAAAAAGUAUGUAAUUGGUAGAUGGCACAGAGUUUCGUCAGUAAACAGUAGAUCUUGGGUCUAAUCAAAUCGGCCACCCCUGGUACACAGCAAGAGAUAGUUUGAAUCUACUUUGCAAAGUCUACAGUGAAGAGACAACUGGAUAACUACUCUCCAUUCAAAAUAACAGUGAAAGACGUUUUAACGUAACGAAGUUAUGUUGUUGUUUUCUAUAAUUAUAGUUUUAGUUCGCUAAUAAAGCACUUUUUAAAUAAACAAUCGGAAACAUUUAAAAAUGUUCAAUUGUUUUUGAAAAC